CUCUCCUUCCUAACGCGUUCUCUCGGCUGAAGAGUAGGAGGGGAGAGAGAAAGUAGAUAGAGAAAAGAGGAGAGAGAGAGAGAGAGAGGCGGGGGGCAUGAAGCACAUUUUCAAGAAGCUUCACAUAGGGAGUGGUCACGAACCCCAUCGAUCGAACGAAAUCGCGGCCCCCGUCUCCACGUCAUGUGCCUCCGAUCACCAGCGUACAGUUUCCGGCCAGGGCUCUGCCAACUCUCCGGUGAGUCCAUCAUCUUCGCCGUCUACGGUAGUUGCCUCGUCGGCCAGUAGUGGAGCCACUCCUGUGACGUCUGCGGCUACCCGGUUGGACUACUUCUCGUCGGAGGAGGAGUUCCAGAUGCAGUUAGCCCUAGCGAUCAGUGCGUCUUCUUCGAACUCGGAAAUUCGAGACGAUCCGGAGAAGGAUCAGAUCCGUGCGGCCACUUUGCUGAGCUUGGGGCGGCACCGAAUUGAUUCCCCGCGUGAUGAUGGUGGCGCUGCGGAAGCGUUGUCACGCCAUUAUUGGGAUUAUAAUGUGCUUGAUUAUGAGGAGAAAGUAGUUGAUGGUUUUUAUGAUGUCUUUGGGCUCUCCACAAAUCCUGCAAUUCAAGGAAAAAUGCCAACUCUUACAGAACUAGAAACAAACCUUGGGAGUUCUGGCUUUGAAGUUGUAAUUGUUAAUCGAACUAUUGAUCCUUCCCUGAAAGAGUUGGAGCAAGUUGCACACUGUAUUGUAGACUGCCCUGCUUCCGAGGUCGGUGUUUUGGUCCAGGGGCUUGCUGAGCUUGUUACAGAACACAUGGGUGGGCCAGUCAAGGAUGCUAAUAUCAUGUUGGCUAGGUGGAUGGAGAGAAGCAAAGAGAUGAGGACAUCUCUUCAUACAAGCGUGUUGCGGAUUGGGUCCAUAAAUAUUGGGCUGUCACGUCAUCGUGCUUUACUUUUCAAGGUCUUGGCUGACAGUGUGGGAAUACCCUGUAGAUUGGUAAAAGGUAGUCACUACACUGGUGUUGACGAUGAUGCUGUCAACAUAAUAAAGUUGGAGAAUGAAAGGGAGUUUUUGGUAGAUCUCAUGGCAGCCCCUGGGACACUUAUACCAGCUGAUAUUCUAAGCGCCAAGGAAAUUACCUUUAAAUCAUAUAACCCAAAACUAAGCAAAAUCCCAGCUUUCCAUGCGUCUAAUGACUCUGGAGUUAUUUGUUCAAGGCCAAAGCCAUUGUUCAUGGAAUUUGAAGGCAAUUGUCAAAACUCUGCCAUCAAAGAUAGUUUGCCUUUGAAUAGAAGAUCAAGCUUUGAGAACAUUGAUUCUUUGCCUUCAUUUCCAAGUGCAGGUGGUGACUCCAGUGCUGGCUCUUCUGGAAUUUCUGAUAGGACGGGUCCUGCUAAUCAGUUGAAUAAUUUUUCCACAUCAAUAGUUGGAACUUCUACGUAUAAAGGCGGGGUUCAUGCAAUGGGUAAUGGUCCGAGGAUGAAUCUUAAUGUAGUUCCGUAUCCACAGAACAGUGCAGAGGACACUAAAAAUCUUUUUGCAGAUCUUAAUCCGUUUCAGAAUAAAGGAUCAAGCAAGAUAUACAUGCAAAAUAAGGCAGUAGAGAACAAAGUUGAUGAAUCACAGAGACAGAAAAAUAACCUUGUUCCUGGCCGGCCUCCUCUACCGUUGGUUUGGAAGAACCGUUAUGCUUGCAACGAGGUCCCUAGGAAUAAAGAACAUGAUUUUGUGGAUGGAAACAACCGUCAAUCUAAUGAUUAUAAUUUGUCAUCAUUAGCAUCCACCAGCUCUUCCACAUUGGAAAACGUCCAUCCUAAUGUUUUCAAGUUAUCUGGCAAUUUAUAUUCAACUAGUAGACAAAACAGCGAUGGAAAUUCUUGUUCUGGUGCUGGCUCUAUCUUGCCACUGAGCCCUAGUCAAUUCAAUAGCUUGUCUCCUGAGGAGAACAUAAACAGUAAUCACAAGGAAGACUAUUACAAGGAUGGAAAGGGUUUGGACAAGGAUUUGAGUCACCUGACAGAAAUGGCGAGAGAUCGGAAAAAUAGUGUCACUGAUUUGCAUGAUAGUAAAAAGUGUACAUCUGACAGAUCCAUGGGUUCCAAUUUGAAAUUGAAAGAACCAGAGUCUCCAAGCUCAUCAGUUGACUCCAGCGCAAGUAGAGUUGAUCAAAUGUUGGAUGAUGUAGGAGAUCGUGAAAUAUUGUGGGAAGACCUGGUUAUUGGUGAAAGGAUUGGACUAGGUUCUUAUGGGGAGGUCUACCAGGCUGAUUGGAAUGGAACGGAAGUUGCCGUAAAGAAAUUCUUGGACCAGGAUUUCUCUGGUGCUGCUUUGGCCGAGUUCAGAAGAGAAGUCCGCAUAAUGCGUCGAUUGCGUCAUCCUAAUGUUGUUCUUUUUAUGGGUGCUGUGACACGCCCUCCAAACCUAUCAAUCAUCACCGAAUUUCUUCCCAGAGGAAGCUUAUACCGGAUUCUUCAUCGCCCUCAUUGUCAAAUUGAUGAAAAGCGCAGAAUAAAAAUGGCUCUUGAUGUGGCGAAGGGUAUGAAUUGUUUGCACAGCAGUAUACCAACAAUUGUUCAUCGUGAUUUGAAGUCACCAAAUCUUCUGGUUGAUAAAAAUUGGAAUGUCAAGGUCUGUGAUUUUGGGUUAUCACGCUUGAAGCACCACACUUUUUUGUCUUCCAAAUCAACUGCUGGAACGCCUGAGUGGAUGGCACCUGAAGUUCUUCGCAAUGAACCUUCUAAUGAGAAGUGUGAUGUAUAUAGCUUUGGAAUUAUUUUGUGGGAGCUUGCGACUCUGAGACUUCCCUGGAGUGGGAUGAAUCCGAUGCAAGUUGUUGGUGCAGUAGGUUUCCAGAAUCGUCGCCUUGAUAUCCCUAAAGAAGUUGAUCCCUUGGUCGCGAGGAUAAUUUGGGAAUGCUGGCAAUUGGACCCAAACUUGCGCCCUUCAUUUGCACAGCUCGCGGUAGCUCUGAAGCCUUUGCAGCACCUCGUCAUUCCAUCACAUCUGGACCAACAAAGCUCACCCCUCCCACAGGAGAUCUCAGUAAACUCCACACCUUAAAACGCAAGUGUUUAUAAGUAGACCUUAAGCAUCCCUUGCCACAAUGCGCCACUUGUCCAAACUCCUCCCUCUGUUGAACCCUCCCAAAAAAAAAAGAAGCAAUAAUUAAAAAAAAAAAAAAAAAAAGGAAAGGAAAGAAAUGUAGAAAAAGAAAAAGAUUAUUAGGGGCAGUUCUUAGUUAAAUGGAAAUUGUUGUAUGUAUUGCUGCGGCUUCAUGAAAAGAAAGACUGCUGCAGCGCUUUUUUUUUUUGUACAGGUUGUGCAUAGUCUGAGGGACUUGAAUUUCGGGGCAUACGUGUUCAUACCUGUUUUUAAGUCAAAGAGAUUCGUGUCUUUAUAUUGAGCAAUUAACCAAUGUGAUAAUGUGUAAAAAUUUUUGAAUUUUGAAUUUUUAUUAAAUGGAUCGAGCCUACUUGUGUUGACCUUUACAA